GAAGAGGAGAAAGAGAGGGUGAGUGUACAUGUGAAGGUAGAGCGCCCCACAGUGGAGGAGUAUGCAGCCUCCAAGCCUGCAGCCUCCAAGCCUGCAGCCUCCAAGCCUGCAGCCUCCAAGCCUGCAGCCUCCAAGCCUGCAGCCUCACCCGUACCAGUACCUGUAGCACCACUCCCCUCAACACACCCCUCAUCACGCCCCUCCUCUCACUCCGCCCCCCGGCCAUCGCCCAAACCCCAACAUAGAACUUCAACCAAACCCCAACCCAAAUCUUCAACCAAUGCCAAACCAAAAUCCCAACCUAGACCAUCGAUGAAAGCCUCGCCCAAACCUUUGCCCAGAUCAGCAACCAAUCCCAGACCAGCAACCAAUCCCUCGCCUCGUCCAUUGACCAAUACAGUGCCCCGGCCGGCAGUGAAGAAGGAGGAGCCUGGUGAACUAGAUCCCCCCACCAAACGGAAACGCCGGUUUGUUGGUGUGAGGCGUAUCGUGGUGAAGGUAGCUCGUAUCCCAGUUAACCUCAGCCGACGCCAGAAGAGCUACAAGAUUUCCUCCAUGGAGACAGUUGAGAAGGGCGGGGCAGGUGGCGAUGGCGGGUUGGAGGGAGCCGAGGGGGGGACAGCGGUAGUCCGAGAGCCGACUGCGCUCCUCCGUAUGAAGAACAACGGGAAGAGCGUGAUGGUCAUGUUCCCGCCUGGAGAACUUCCGGUGAUCCUGAAACGUCGCCGUGGCCGACCUCCCAAACAGGUUGUACCUGGAACGCCGGAUAAAACCACCGGUGGGAAUGGCGAGCCCAAGAAACCUCGUCGGCGCCGGCGGGCCAAGCUCCCGUCUCCGCAACCGUCGUACGUGAACGACACCAACGACGUGAAGACGGAGUACGGAGACGUUCUGUCCAAACUGGCAUUCCUCAACCGCCAACCGCCGGCCACCGGCCGCUGCUCCCCACCACGCUGCUGGACACCCAGCGAACCGGACAGCUUUCACACGCCGUCCGACAACCCUGGGAUCUCCGCUCUGCUACACCGACUCACAGGGUUCAGACGCAGGGGAGGCAGGGGGGGAGGUGUUGGAGGCAGGGGAGGAGGAGCAGGGGGAGGAGCAGGAGGAGCCGGCGGAGAGGGCUUCAAGAGCUCCUUCAGUGACUUUUUUGAGACGAUCGGGAAGAAAAGGAAAGUGACCCCCGCUCUGUCAGAACCAGGGUUACUCAAGAAACGAGGGAAGGGUGGGGGAGGCAGGGGAGGAGGGGCUGCAGGGGGGGAGAUGGUGGUUGGGGGUGAGGGGGGUAAGCCGGUUAAGAAACGACGCUCACGCAAGAACGGGGUUCUAAAGGGGGAGGCAGGGGAGCAGCUGCAACAAGACUGGUUUAAUGGGGGAGGUGUCUGGGGGGAGGAAGGGGGAGGCAUGAGGGAGAGAGGGCCAGGAGGGUACCAGGUCUGUGGCUCCCCGGGGGGGGGCUUCCUGUCCUGUGAGGGGGGGAGAGGGAGUGCGUACGGCAGCCCUGGCGGCAGCAGAGGCGGUGGAGGUGGAGAGGAGGCGCAGGGUUUGUUCGCCGGAUAUUUCCGCUCCCUGCUGGACUCUGACAACUCCUCAGACCUCCUGGACAUCUCCUCCCCUCGCCCCGACCCCAGGAAACCUCCUCCCACCCUGGGCUACGACUCUUCCAGCCCUGCCCGCGGCCCAGGCCCUCGCUGGUCCCCAGCCUUCCCCAAACGCAGCCCCAAAGGAGAGCCAAGGGAGAACCCAACCCUACAUCAUCCCUCUUCCUCCUCCUCUUCCAGACCUCCUUACAGUUAUAACCUGUCCCAGAACUCCCCCACCUCCUCCUCGUUCCCCAAGUCCACCCCUCCCUCCCUCCCUCCGUCCUGCUCCCCCAGCUCCCCCCAUCCCUCCUCCUCCUCCUACGGUCACUACACACCUGGCUAUUCCUCCUCCUCUCCUGCAGGGGGCAGCGCAGCGCCACAAAGACCCGCAGACUGCAGCUUCGCAGCCUAUGGGGCAGCCGGGCUGAGUAAGGCCUCCACGGCCACCCCCGUGGGCCAGGGUCAGAUGGGAUAUUCCAGUUUUUCCAAGCGGGGCUAUGGGGGCUACCUUGGGCAGGUUGGACCAUCUUCUCCAGGAAGAGGGGGGUAUAUGGCCAUGGCCAAAAACAGCCCCUUCCCCUCUUCAUCUUCCCCAGAGGGAUACAGACACUACCCCUCCAACCAGAGUAACUACAGGCCAGGCUAUGGUGGCUACCCAGGAGGCUACAGUGACCCAGGCCCCAGCGAGCCCAAAGACAUCCUGGACAUCUCCAACUACACCCCCCAGAAGGCCAAGCGACAACCCUUCCUCGAGAGUCUAUCAGAGUCCUCCUCUGACUCCUCCCACCUAGGGGUCACCGGGUCAGGAGGUGGGGUCAGUGGCGGAGGCUCGGGGUCAGGCUCCGGAGGUGGGGCUUACAGGCAGGGUGGAGGGAGGGAGUCUCUUCCUAUUGGUGGAGAGGGAGGUCAAGGACAGUCCAGCCUAUCAAGUCUGGAGAAGCUGAUGAUGGACUGGCAUGAGAGCGCCUCAGGCCCCUCCUACAACUGGAGCCAGAACGUUCUCUUCCAGGGGCAGGGGAAGCCCAGCCGGGGGCGCAGGAAACGGAAUGCUGCCGAACCCCAAACGGAGAAGGAGGGGGGUGGUGGACCAGGAGCAGGACCAGGGACCACCCCAGACUCUCCCACCAGCCCCCCAAGCCAGACCCAGCCCUCCACCCCAACCCAGGGUUCUGGUGGAAAACGCAGUGGAAUGGGGGGACGGCAGGCCAGGGGGGUAAGAGGAGGCAGAGGAGGGGGGCUGUACCCAUCCCCUGGAGAGCGCCCCCCAGGGGGGAAGAAGGGCAAGGCUGCUGGGGGUGUGGUUGGAGGUGGAGGGAGUGCUGCUCAGGGGGGGUUGUUCCAGGAAGGCCUUGACUACUACAGUGGAGACAGCAGCAGCCUCUCCCCCCUCCCUAACCCCACCUCACAUCUCGGCUACCCCACCGAGCCAUGUGAGUACCCCUCCCCGUGCCCUUACUCCGCCCACCCCUCCACCCCGUCCUCAGAGGAGCACUACACAGCCCUCUUCCCAGCCCUACCACCCUCCUCUCACUCCUGCUCCUCCCCCCGCCUCCUUCUCCCCCUCCUGCUCACCAUCGCCACGGUUACUGCCACACUGUGGAACAGCGCUGAGCCCCCCCCAUCGUAA